CGACUACGUACCCAGACCUCAAGUUGCUCCGUUUCUCGAAUUCAAUCCACACCAGUUCCAUCUGAACAUCAUUUCGGACUUCACACUUUGAUGAUUGCCCUGUUUCCAACUCCUGACGUACCUCUACGACCUCGAAUACGCCUCCAAGAUUCCCCCCAAACUUACGAGCACACGAUAUCGACCGUUACCCCUCCGUAAAAGCCCCCCACGAUCCCAGCUGCUUUCAACCUCUUGCCCGCUUUACGCCAUCCAUUUACACCUAACUCCGACCCCUAUCGUUCAUAUCAGGACCGGCCUACGUCAAAUCUGGCCAAUCUCUCUACUUUCCAUCUCCUAUCAACUGUGACGCCUAUAUUCUUAGACCUCUUCAAAUACGACAAUUUCUUCCAUCAGUAGCUUGCCUCGCAACACUCGCCAAUAAACGAGCACGCCUUGCCGAUCGUCACGUCCACAACUAUCACGAUUCUAAGUCGCACACUCUCGAGCUGGCGCCUUUUCAAUCGAUCCUUUAUUACCAAACAUACGCCAAGCUACUUGCCAGUCGCUCUAUUUGAGACCACUACUCACCACGACCAGGCGAUUCUCGAGAUCGCACUCUGCUUGUCGAAGGCCCUGUGGUCUACACUAGGCGAUGCGGCGGGGAGGGAGGACCUCGUGAACUAAAUCUUAACUGGGGAUCGAGGUCGGAAGUACCAAUUGUUUUUAUUGUCGACAAAGUUGUGCUGGAUCAAAGCUCAUGCUGUACGAUUAAAGCCAUUGUCUGUUCUGCGCUUCCCUACUAACGCCUCCAACCCCCCCCUCGUCUCUCGAUUGCCCUCUCCCUAUCCUUGUUAGUCGAGCCACCUGCCCGCGAACUGCAGUCAAUCGGCUUUCUCUACCCUUAGAAUUGGCGCCUUGUUGUCUAAUCAGACCUGCUCUGGGGAUGGAUCCCAGAUUUCCAGUUUCUCGCGAAGAUCUGUACAGUCUGCAGAUGGAAGUGAAGCAAGUACAAUAUACUCAGAGCAAUCAUGCUGAACGGCUUCUUCGAUUGGAAAAGAAACAGGCGGAUGAUGCCGCGUUGAAGUCUGUCUGGAACUCUCCCUUUCCAGGUGUCUUGAGUGGCACACCUCAAACAGGACCUGUUUCCAUCCCACACAAUGACAUGUUUGAUGACUUGGAUGAGCAAGGCGAGGAGCUUCUAGGAUCUCUUCAUCUUGGACCAGCAGAGGAGGAGCCGGUUCGCCGAGGCGCUGCUUCGCGGGCUAAUAGUGUUCGAUUCGACGAAAGCGCCCUGCACGGAUCCAGUUGGGGAGGCCCAAGUAAUCGUCACUCGGGAGAUUUUGGUCCUGUUCGUCCUGGAAGUGGCCUUUUGAUGGAGCGCUCAUUAUCUCACAAGUCGGAUGGACGACAUAGUUCUGCUGGACAUUCAGUUCACUCUCACCACUCGAUUGCUUCUGGUCGGGCUAGCAGCUUAGGCCUUGAUAACAACUUUGCUGUUGGCGACGACGAUGAUGAUUCGUUCGACAUUCCUGGCCCCCCUGCGGCGUUUUACGUCCUCGGCACAGUUCCUUCGAUCGUUCGAUGUUGGUUAACCCCUAACUUUGGCCACUCAACACUCCUCUACGCCGACGUUUGCAGUGGCUCGCAAAAGUCCAUGGUUGAGUAUUCUCUACUCAGAGAGUUGGAUCUUGUAGAUCAGAUCCAUCGCGAGGUUGACGGUGCAUAUCGCGUUAGGUUGAAUGUCUACUUUGCAGAGGCCGUGGUGACACAUCAUGGCAGUCGCUCUAGUAGUCCUCAUGGGCCUGUCCCUUCAAUCACUGUCUUUUUCGAGGUCCAUGGAGUGACAGAGCAGCCUAUUCAGGCCGUAGAUCGCAAAGCCAUUCGAAUCUACUUGGGCAGCGACGCUCUCCGAGCUCAUUCCGCAGAUAUUCUAUUUUCCCAGAAUACCAUGACCCUUCGUGGCGACGAGCGAGAGCGACUUCAGGUCCCCUUUGUCCGACCAGAGGAUGAAAACGUGUUUCGGAAUAUUUGCACCAUCAACAUGGUCCCGGAGAAGCCCAAGUUGAAUGCAAACGCUGCUCCUUUCGUCUCUGGGGAUUUCAGCCAGGCUAGCCAGGAGAGUAUCCCUGACAUGGAGGCUCCUCAGCCGGAUUAUGAGUCUCGAAGCGAAAUGUCGCCGAUGGCAACUGAGGUGGUUCCUGAUAAGCGACCCAGCUCCAGAGGCAGUGUGUCUGGUGUGGAGAGUGAGAGAAGGUCUCGUGGACUCACCAACGGAGAUCAGUUAGGUCCUAAGGAGCGUGCUGCUGAGCAUUCUGCCUCCGAGACUUCCAGGCGAGAACCCCUUUCAGGCAUUUGGGGAUCAUGGCGCCAUGGAUCAGGGAAUGGAGUGGACGGCCCGCAUAGAGAUGGUUCAUUGAGUGGAUAUCAACCUGCCGGUCGAGGCCGCAACAUGAAAGUUCUGAAGCCCCAGAAGUCGGCCUCAAGGACAGUUUCUUCUUAUGAUGCCUCUUCGUCCAAAGGCCCGGGAGACGGUCGACGCAAGAGUCAAGUUAGCGUUGGGGAGAACGGUGGCACUCCUGCCAAUAGAUGGGAGGCUAAGCGAGCGGUGAGUAUGAGCAGCGAACACAAAGCGCAAUCGCAGCCACAGUCGCUUCCACCUCCAAGUCGUGAUGGUCGCAGCGCCAACGCCAACGCCAACGCCAAUAGCAACAAUUCCCUGCCUAGGUCUGCCAACCCUGUCGGAGUUGCUUCAGCGUUCUCAUGGAUGACACCAACGUCCAAACCCAAAACAACCGCGGGCUCAGAGUAAUGGGUUUGGAUGGCUUGCCAGUAGUCAUCCCUUUCUUUAUCAGCUUUGUAGACUUUCAGGUCCCUUGAAGUUCAUUCUCUAGUCUAUGGAGACCAUGAAUGGGCAGACUCGAAGAAUUGCAGAAUCGCAAUGACCCAUCCGGGUUUCAUAAACAGGAUUGAUAAUAACGAUUGCGACUUGAUGUAAUAAAACGAAACAAAACAGAAAAUAAGAAAACAAAUAGAGGCAAAGGCGAUUCGAUGCUUUGCUAGAAAAGCAAAGAAGAGAAAUUGACAGCAAUGAUGUUUGUACUAUGCAAAUGUAUGUCUAAUCUAUCAUUAAAUAAGUAUGUCACUGCGCCUAGAUCUUGGAUCCAGGAGGCAAGGCUUGCCAAACCUUUCUGGUGUCUGCAAUUGACUCCUUGACAACACCAAUCAGUCCCUUGAAAGCAGGAUGUUGCGAAUCUCCCACACAUUCAUACAUCCAGCUCUCGCUCGACGUGACCGUGAUUCCGGGCUCAGCGCGCAAUCGAUCGAGGGCAAUGUCGACUUCGCGGGGAUUACAGCUCGACACUCCAUCAGCAAUGACAUAUACCUUAUGCCCUGCGUCGCGCAAAUCGAGCGCUGUCUGGGUAAUGCAAAUAUGCGACUCAAUACCAACAAGAGCGAUUUCGGAGCCCUGAGGUAGAUCGACGGUGAUGGAGGGGAUGGACAUGGAGAAACGUGUCUUGUCGUGUGGUGACGAGGGGAGGAGCUGCGCGAGAGCUGAAACCGUGGGACCAAGCUUGGCUGAGGUUUGGGUCGUGGUUACGACGGGAACGGAGAGAGUGUUUGCGAAUUUGAGGAGCUUUUGGGUGGUGAGGACGCUGAGGUUGAUUAGCUGAGUGGCGUCAAAUGAACUUAGGUCGCCAUACAUGCUAUCGAAUUCGUGAAUGACAUGGCGAAACUUUUCUUGAAUAUCGCAAACGCUAUCCCACUCUUAAUUAGGUGUUUCUGUCAGAUCGAAAGUAAUGAUACAUACAAGAUCCUUGGGUUCUCUGACCGCCGCAAGUCAGCAUCUCUCUUCCUUGUAUGUGGCCCAUAUCAAAUCAUAGUACUACUUACUGAACCGCAGCUCAUUCUGCGCUGGUGAAGACAUGGCGCGAAUCUGGUGUAACGUAGAGCCAGGAGCAGGACGAGUCACGGCAGUGCCUUCUAGAGAUGUGCUAACCAAUCUCAAGGUCGCUGAAUUACUGAUACUUGCUGCCGCAGCCCGCGAACCUAUAGCCAACCGAGAUAACCCACGUCGAGAAAUGACAGUCGAGAGAACUUGCAUAACGAGAUCGCAAGGCUAAGAUCGAGGAUUCACCAAGUCGAUACAAUGAAUGGAAAAGAAGAACGUACAGAUUAAGUUCCAGCCUAUGGUUAAGAUCUCAAUUCCAGAAAAAAAAUCGAGAUCUGAGACAUUUGGAGGUGGUUGAGUUCCAAG